AAUCUGUCUCACCCCAAAGACAACAGAAAACCUUAUUCACGCACGCACGCACCAAAAUCACCUUCCAUCUCAUCACCGCGGAAGGGGGAUGGCCGCUGAGGAGGGAGCCGUGAUAGCGUGCCACACCAAGCAAGAGUUCGACACCCACAUGGCUAAUGGCAAGGAUACCGGUAAGCUGGUGAUCAUUGACUUCACUGCUUCUUGGUGCGGUCCUUGUCGUGUCAUAGCCCCAGUCUUUGCUGAGUACGCCAAGAAGUUCCCUGGCGCCAUUUUCCUGAAGGUGGACGUUGACGAGCUGAAGGACGUCGCUAAAGCAUACAACGUUGAGGCAAUGCGGACCUUCCUGUUUAUCAAGGAUGGUGCGAAGGUGGACACUGUUGUCGGUGGUAGGAAGGAUGAUAUCCAUACGAAGAUAGUGGCCCUCAUGGGUUCUGCAUCUGCCUAAGAAGGGAAGAGUGAUGCCCCUCUUAUGUCAAUAAGAGCCAACACCUGGUGUAAGUAGUUAUCGCUGCAGUAUGCUUCGGCUUAGUCGUGUCUGAACUUUGUGAUGAUUCGGUUUAGUGUUUAGAACUUCAGACAUUUGCACCGGUUGUUCUGAAUUACAGUACCUAAUGUUUGCUACAGUUGCUUCGCUAUGAAGUUUGGAUAACUAUCCUGUCUGAGUGUUAAUGGAAAGCCAAUAUGCCGCUGACCUUAUUUA